AUUUGAGCUGUUGAAACUUGAAACAAUGAAUUUCAUUGAUGAAUUGGUGAAGAUUCAUGGCAUUAAUACCGUUCAAGAAAACAAGUAGGCAUCGAAAGUAGAUUGAAGUUUCAAAAGAAAAUCAACUUAAAGCCUUCCAAAAACACCACCCAAAGUCCAGAUUUUGGGCCAAUAUAGACCACCAGCAACUAGUUUUGGGCCACAGCUCAAAGCCCUUUCAACGUUUUCUCUCGCCUUCUUCUGCCACGGGAAAAUGGCAAAAACCCUAUGGUCUCAAACAACCCCUGCAUUUCUUUAGGAAAAGGACCAGAGAAAUCAAUGGCCAGUUCACUUUUAAACAAAGCCUUAAAACCCAUGAAACAGUCCUACUUCCUAUCAACUCUCCGCUCUCUAAAUUUCACUUCCAUCGCCACCGUCCAUGACAUCCCAUCCGACGGCCAUUCUUCAUCAUCCUUCACAUUCGACAACAUCACCAACACCAAAGAACAAGACAAUAAUAGCAUAUACUUAAAGCCACCGACUUCAAAUGUGAAGCUCGAAACUACGACGUCGUCUUCGGUGACGAUGCCGAUGUCGUUCAUGACUGGUUCGAUAGUUGGGAAGAGAUUUUACAAGAAAGUUAGUACGAGAGAGUCUGAUGAUGGAGUUGGCUGGAUGGUGAUGCUUGAUUAUCGGACUCUUAAAAGUCCUUCUAAAAGGCCUCUCAAGUUGCCUACUUUGGCUCUUGCUAAGGCCAUCGCUGCUGAAUGGGAAUAUCAGCAAACAGAUGGGAUCAGGCCCUUUACAAUGCCAUUGAUGAAACUUGCUUGCACGGCACUGGAGAGAGUUACACUCACACGGGUGAAGAUCAUUGAAAACCUGAUAAAGAAAUUUAAUCAAGAUCUAGUAUUCUGUCGUGCUCCAGAGGAUAAUACUCUGACGGUUGACCUCCAUGCAAGACAAGUUGAGAAAGUUGAUCCUUUACUUGCUUGGGUAAAUUCAGAAUUUGGCUUUAAGCCUAUUGUGUACUCCAGCUUUUUUGGUGGGAAACAAGGGGAUGGUCUCACAAAGGCUGUUGAAAACCUUCUAAAGAAGACAGAUGACUGUGAAUUGGCAGCAAUUGAUGCCCUUGCAGCUGCGGCACAUUCUUUGGUUAUUGCUCUAGGAAUUUUUCGUGGUAAAUUGCAGAUUGAGGAAGCCAUUGAGUUGAUUAGACUUGAGGAAGAUUUGCAGGUGGAUAAAUGGGGUCUUGUUGAAGGUGGGCAUGAUGUUGACAUUGCUGAUCUCAAGGUACAAAUCUCAUCUGCGGCUGUGUUCCUCGGUCUUUCAAGGAGGAACUCAUUUUCUGAUUGAGGAGGUCUUGAGGCUACCCUAUAUUUUUUUCUACUAUAGUUUUGUAUCGCCUAAUGUGAUACUCAUUAAUUGUUGUAAGAUUGAGGAUUUUAUUGAAAUAAUGAAUAAUUGAAUACGAAAGAGUUCAAAUGGUUUUCUUCAACUUGUAUUGCGAGAUCAACUGUCAAAUGCCUUUGAACUUGUGGGAAAGAGAAUGCAGGCAGCAGGGGUUUUUUUGUAAUGCUACUAAAUCCAUCUUGUAGUCAGAGUUCUUGAUAAUCCUAUAUCACAUUUUAUGUGUAGAAUGCCAACAUCUAGAUCACUGUUCUCAUUCAUGGCUUUUUCAUGGCAACAUCUUACAUGAAAUUGAGGUCCUUCCAAUGAUGGAAGAUCCCCUUUGUGUACUGCAUUAAAAGAUGAUGUAUGCCUAAUGCGUUCAAACUUUUAUCCAUUAAUUGGCAAUAGAUGCAUAUCGGUGGCUGUCUCUUGAUGUCACAAUUACAGCAAGCUGGAUCACAGUCAAUGUUACCUAUUGAAUCUGAAAACAGAAAUUUUAUUAGCGUUUCCUCUGGUUAAAUGAAAACUUUUCAAGAUGUAUGUCUUAUGCAUCAGUGUUUAUGAAAAAUCAUUGGUUAUUUUCAUCCUUCUGACGCAUCAAUUAAAAGUGUGUUGGAAGGAAGUUUCAUGGAAAAUUAGCGAACGUGUAGUCGAAAUAAAUUGGACAAUCCAGUUUAAUUACUUUACCUGUGAUGGUAACAUACUUUGGUGGCUCGAGCCCCUGAGCUUCCAUGCGAACUGAAAGGCGAUUGCUGCCUUGAACAACAUUAGUCCCGAUGUCAGAGAUGACGAGGACAAAAAUCCAUGUCACUGUUGACAACUCCUCCAUUCUAUGACAUGAAGAAAUUUAGCUGCUUAGCAGCAGGUGAAAUUUUCUCCUUAGCACCUGUUUUCAUAUAUUGGCAGGCAUUUAUGCUGCUCAAGUCUCAGAGAUGAGGAACCUAACUCAUUAUCUUAGAUCAUGAAACUGGAAAAUUCACUACUUCUGCAAGUAUGAGAAUGAUUCAUCCCAAAACC